AUGUCGGACGUAAAAUUGGCAAGAACACUCGCCAGGUUUCAGGCUAAAAUUGAUACGGGCUCGUACUAUGAAGCCCAUCAAACUUUAAGAACUAUCACCAACAGAUAUGUCAAGUCCAAGCAGUACACCGAGGCAAUCGAUUUGUUGUAUCAAGGUGCCAGCAUCUUAGCUUCCAAGAAAGAAUAUGCUUCUGCAGCUGACUUGAUUACCUACCUUAUCCAUACCCUCGAGGAAAGCGGGACUAUAUGUAGUGAUGCCUCUUCGCAUGGGACCAAGCAGAAGUUGAUUGAGUUGAUCAACUUAUUGCCCAACUCCGAAUCUCUGCUUCUCGAUUUGGCAAAGCAGAGCAUCAACUGGUCCAUUAAAGGCUCCGAUUCCAAGUUUGGUGACAAUGAUUUGCAUCAUACUUUUGGGGUCAAAUUCAUAAAGGGAUUGACUGACGACGAGGGCGAAAAGGGUAUAGAUGCAGAUGAUGUCGAAACGAGAUUCAAGCUCUUUUCCAACGCUGAGUUGCACUUGAUCUUGGGAACACACGAAUCGUUACCAUACUACGUCGAUUUCUUGUACAAAUGGUACAAGAGCGAUAUACUGAAGGGCGUGGUCGAUCCUGGUACUUACUUGUCCCGCGCUAUAAUAAAUUAUUCUUACUUGAAGAACUUGAAGUUUAUACAAGAAUCCCUUGGUUUGUUCUUGGGCAAGUUAUUGCAUGAUAUUCUGGAUGAGCAGUAUGUCGUUACUGAGACUAAGGACGCGGUCACCUCUGAGAAGUUUUACGAUUUCAAAGACUUUGAAAUCUUGAAUUUCCUCCAGUUACUAGUCAUUACCCUUGGAAAAGAAGACGCUGGUUCCAAAUUCUUGAAGCUUCAUGGGCAAUACAAGUCUACUUUACAGAAGGCAGAGAUAUUGGCACCGGUAGAGUACUUGGGGAAGUUGUACUUUGGCUUGCAGUUGGGUAAUUCCGGAGGAGGUCAGAACAUGUUAGCUAAUUUGAUGGGUGGGUUAUUCAAGUAG